CGUCAGCAAACUUGUCAAAAUCAUCUGGUUCUGAUUAUAAAUUUUUCGACGCGAGUGAAAAAAGGUGUUUCUGUACUCCCUCUUUUAAUGACGUUUGUUUUCAUCACAAAACUAGUUCACUAGCGAUGUUUUCAUUCAUAAUUGAUCGCGUUGCGUCUCAUAUGUGCAUUCCAGAGUGAUUUUUUACUGUGAUGCGGUCACCGCAACCCUCCAAUUACCCCUAAAAAUGCCACAAUUGGACGGGUUUCGGACAUAAAUACGUAGAAGUGAAUCCGGCCCGAGGUACGUGUCGUAUCGCUAGAAUCAGAAGAGAAAGAAUUCGUCGGCGGGCACGGGCAACAAAUGUCUGGAAAUCAUUUGGAAUUUCCUGAUAAACCGAAUCGGGCGGUGUGGGCUCCACCACUACCUCCUCCACUUGCAACGAUCCGCAGCAAGCAGCAGCACCAGCAACAACAAUUAGAGCAGCCGCGAUCAGAUCGGCCUUGUUACGUGGGAAUUAAUCCGACAGCUGCUCCUCCACAUCGAGGAGCCGUCACAUACUUGCCAUUGCCAGUGAAGAGACCCCGCGGGCACACUAGCAGCGGCAGCCGUAAAGUUGGACCUCUCUUCUUUAUCAUAAUGCGCCUAAAUUUAAAAAUAGUUCUACUAUGUCUAUGCAUGGCUGUAUGUUUGCUGAUAGUAUCCGUGUAUAUGAGAUGCUCGGAUUUCAGUUUGCCACGUGAUCUUGUACCGCGCUGGGAACGACAUUUAUACAACGGUCGACAAGAUCAUUACAAUGAAAUCGACUGUUUCAUAAAUCAAGAAGUCUCAAUACGAUGUCGUCGAGAAUUAGAUGAAGUGUACAUUCCAUUUUCGUUUCUGAGUAGCUAUUUUGAAGUAUAUGGGACGCUAACGACGGAUAAUGGGGGCGUGACACGAUUUAAUUGGUCGCACAGUAAUUCAAAAGUUAAUUAUCCAAAAGGGAAGUAUGAUCCCAGAGGAUUAUUUAUGUACUUUGAAAACUAUAAUGUCGAGGUGAGAGAUCGAGUGAAGUGCAUCAGCGCAUCUGAGGGUGUUCCAAUUUCAACGCAGUGGGAGAAACAUGGAUAUUUCUAUCCAACUCAAAUAGCACAAUUUGGGUUAUCACAUUAUAGCAAGAAUCUGACAGAACCGGAACCCAGAAAAAAGAUACUCGAUGAUGGCGACACAACACAACUUGAAUGGCGCAUUCCAAAAAGAAGCAAUCUAUCCCGAGUCUGGCACACAAAACUUAACACAACGGUCAUGUACUUUACAACAACUAGUCAUUACGAUAGUGCAAUACAAAUCCAACAAUUAGAUCAUGUUCUAGAUCUAGUUUUAGGCAUUGAUCUAAUGCUAAAAUCGAAUAGUAGCAGUCUAAUGAUAACGAUACAAAAUCGCGAAACUAAACGAAUCUUCAAUAUUUACUAUAUUCUUGCCGAUCUACUUUUAAGUGUACAAGGAGAGAACAUCUACUAUGGAAUUGGAAGCAAUUCAAUAAAUACAUGGAAACAUUUAACCAGAGAUUUGCUGGUCGAUGUGCAAAAAGGGUUGACUGGCUUCGAAAGGAAAUCAAUGAAAAUACGUCGAAGUGAAUUAAAAAUCUCAUCAAUAUCAUUUUUGGGUGUUGGGGCCUUCGAUAAUUUGACCCUGUCGACAUAUGAACAUUUGGCACAUUUCUACGAUGCAGCUGAUUGGUUCGUUCGACAUCAGGACCAAAAAACAGGUGGCUGGCCUAAUCCUGUUAAACGAAAUCUAUCGGGAUUCGUGGAAUUGCAAGCAGGCUGGUAUUCAGCUAUGGGACAAGGACAUGCAAUAUCACUAUUAUCGCGAGCAUAUUGGCACUCGGGCGGUGAAAAACGAUAUCUGAAGGCAGCCAUGAAUGGAAUGAAACCAUUCCGGGUACUGUCUAAGGAUGGUGGAGUCCUGGCGAAAUUUAUGGGGCAGUAUGAUUGGUAUGAAGAGUAUCCAACGACACCGCCUUCCUUCGUACUAAAUGGAUUCAUUUAUUCACUACUGGGACUGUACGAUUUGAACAGUACAGCGCCGUUGCCAAUUGCACGGGAAGCUGGAAAAUUAUUCCAACAAGGCAUGCGAUCCUUGAAGAAGAUGCUACUUCUUUACGAUACUGGUUCGGGAACUAGUUAUGAUUUACGUCAUUUCACACUAGGUGUUGCGCCCAAUUUAGCACGUUGGGAUUACCAUGCAACUCACGUAAAUCAACUAUUGCUUCUUGCAACCAUCGACAACGAUCCACUAAUAUCACAAACAGCAGAACGUUGGAAAGGAUAUAUGUUUGGUAAGCGAGCAAAACACAAUUGAAUCUCUUUGUUUCCAUAAUCAUAGCGAUGACGACAGCAAAUAUUGUUAAUUUGCGAAGCUAAGAUGAAUAUAGUGAUAUAUUUCCUGUUAACGCUUUAUUUUUUCUACGAACAUGUGAACAUUUUUCGUUUCAUUGCCUCAAAGAAUGAAUUCGGCAACUAUUUGUAUAUGGAAUAUAUUCAUAGCUGUAUUUUUCUGAACUGAAUUGUUUCAAGUUUCACAUGAUAUAAGAGUAUUUGCUUAGGCGUAUAAAUUAAUGUCAAUUAUAUGAAGCUCUUAAACAAUUACAAAUUUAAUGUUAAUUGCAGGAAUGUUUCCUAAUGAAAGUUAGUUUAAAUCAAGACUCGUGAAUGCUUUUCUAAAUUAUUCUAAAGUGUGCCAUGAUUCAUUGUUCUUCAUUUGGACCAAAAAUUAGUUUUAAGAUCAUUUAUUCUCCAUUCUAAAGCUUUCAUGAGCGAUGUAGGUCAUCAAACGCUAUGGGUUUGCAAUUUUCUUAAAUUCGUAAUUGUUUAAAGCUGCAUAUCAAAAACCGUAAACAGAGAGAAGACCAACUAUUACGGUUCUAAGAUAAUUUCCCGUCUCAAAACGACUAAGCAUUUAUACUCCAACAUCUGAGAAAAAAGAAACGCAGAGUCAUCGUGACUCUCAUAUUUUUUAAGAUUAUCAGUUAAAAAAUUCCGUUGGUGCUUCAACACUAGAUUUACUGAAAGUGAUAUUAUUUAGAAUACAGUGCAGGAUAUAUUCAAACAAAACAUAAUAAUAAUAGUAGUUAUAGUUUGAGGUCUCCACACUCGAUAUUGAGGAACAUCAACCGCGAGAAAAAAUGAAAUUUAUCAAAGAAAAUAUCCAUCUUGCUAUGACGAUGACGUGUCAUCUCUAACCGAAUUUGAAAACUUAUCAAAAAUCAAGAAAGAUACACA